AUGUCCAGAGGGAAAAAGCGCGACGAGCCGAUGCCUGCUGAGGAUGUUUCGGUCCCGAGCAGUUCGGGGGAUGAAGGUGACCGGAGCCCUAAGCGCACGGGGCCGGCGCCAGAUGCACCUGUCACCCUCCGAGCGCUUCGUAGCAUCCUUGCGGAGCAGACCAAGCAGCUCACGGACUUGCAGGCCGGGGCGGUUGAUAAGGCAGUGCAUCGUUUGGAAAAAACCUUGGAAACGCGUUUGGCUGAAGUGGACUCGAGAGCUGAGCAAAUGGAUGCUCGUGUUGGGGCUUUGGAGAAGCAGAUUGAGGAGUUGCUCCAACAGGGUGCAGGUAUGCCAAAGUUCCAGGGUCUUGGAGGUGAUGAUGGGGCAAGACGGGCAAGGACCCUUGUGUAUGGGGGAUGGCCCCGGGAGAGUCGCAGAAAGGUCAUCUUGCAGGAGCUCCAGGAACACCUUGAUACCUUGGGUGUCGCUUCUCUUGUUGAUCAUGAACCGUUCACAACAGGGGCGAGACGGAGCAUGGCUUUGUCGGGCUUUCAGCAAAGGGCUGGUGAGAGCUUCCAGGACAUGCGAUCCCGCAUGCACAAAAUCGUGCUUGCAUUUAGCUCGGGCAACAUCACCAAUAAGCAGGGAGGACGGAUUUGGUGCAGUUAUUCGAAAAGCAAAGCCGAGCGCGAGAAAGGAUCGCAUGCAGGGUGGGUGAAGCGAGCUUCGGCGAGUUUGCUUGAUAUCACGGAGGUCAACCUGGACAUCGAGUGGCAGACCGGAUCGGUAUGGUGCGAAGACGCCCUGGUGGCUUCCUCGGACCUUCCUGUGCCGCCUGGCACGGAUAUGCGAGGGGUCAUUGUUCGUGAAGAUCAAGAUGCCAAACCAUGGGUUUCCUUCAAGUUGCUUGCGGCAGGGCUCAAACAGAAGGAGAAAGAGGCUGAAGACUGUGACAGCGAGCUCAGGGUUCUCGGCUGGAACCUCGGAGGUGUGGAGGUCCAAGACCUUCCGCGCACCAUUGCAGAUGCCGCCCCUUUGCGGAUGGAAAAGGACUCCUUGCUGCUCCUUCAGGAAUAUCCCAGGGGAGUGCAGGGGUGGGCGGUCGAGAAGCAUGGUAGUUGGACAGUGGUCACUCACAGGCAUGGGGAAGCAUGGCGAGGGUCAGGGCUGAUGUAUUGUGCUGAUGCGUGGUGUUUGACCAGACGGGUUUGCACUGCCAAAGGAACUUGGUUCAGGCUGCGAUCUAUCUCAGCUUCGGAGGAUGUCUUGUGGGUCGGCACGGCGCACCUCACCCCGGGGUCUACGGUGGCUGUGUUCGAGUCGGAGGUUGAAGAUCACUUUCAGGCGUUGCCCGCUAGUGCCAAACGGGUCGUUUUUCAAGGUGAUGUCAACACGCCUUUCCAGUGGAUUCAAGAACGUGCUUCAGUUACGGCGGUUGCUCGUGAGGGAAAAGGGGGUCUGCUACAGAAAGCGCUUCAUGACAAGGGUCUGGUGAUGAUUGCUCCAGUGGAGGGGCAGCUCUCCACUCCGACAUGUCGCCCUCGUCAAGCCGGGCGCACAGGACAGCACAUCGAUAUCUUUGCGAGUAAAGGGUUGCAUGCGAAUGGCACUCACAUCCAUGUGGACUCCUACCUUGCGGGGGGAACCGAUCAUGAGCUCCUACAUGGCUGUUUUCGCUCUACGUGGUGCCGCAGAAUUCCUAGACGGUGUACAAGGGCUAGGGUCGUUUGUGGGACCUUUGGGAUUGUGAACCACAUUGAUCAGCCCACAUUGGCGGAUUUUGCGUCCACCCAUACCAAGCCAGCCCCCAGCCGGGCCUACAGGGACCCGCCCGAAGUACGAGAGCUGUUCAAGAAGGCUAAACAAAGGGGUACACCUGCUCUUUGGAAGGCGGCGCUCAAGGCGAGGAAGGUUGCACGGAAGGCGUGGGAGGCCGAGCGACUGCAGAGGGCUGCGGGGGGCGACUGGGACGCCAUCAGGGAAGUCAAAGGGGCGCGAAAUGAGGGUUGGGACGUGGAGUUUGCACUUCAUCAGCAAGGUGACCCUCAUGAAGCGAUUCACCGGCACUUUCAAGGGGUCGAUUCGAGUCAUCGCCGGGAUCCCGUUGUCCAUCGGUCUGAUGAAGAGGUCCGAGGGUUCACUAUUGAGGAGCUAUGGGUCGGAAUAAGGCAGCUCAAGGGGCGCAAGGCGGCCGGAAAGGACUUCACGUCCAGGGAACUCCUCGAAGGGAUCUGUCAUGCGGAGGGCGGGGCGGAGCAUGUGGUUGAAUUCUUCAAUCGCGUUUUGGUUUCGCAAGAGGUGCCCACCGAGUGGAACGAGCCACUCCUCGUGAUGCUCCCUAAGGUCUUGCACCCGCGGUGCCCUCGUGAACUUCGUCCGAUUGCACUGGGGUCCUCAGUGGGGAAACUUUUCAGCCGCCUUCUGCUUAAUCGUUGUCUUGAGAAGAUCCAGCUUCAAUAUCCUCCUCAAUGUGCAGGGGUACAUCGUCAAACCAAUGACUUUACCUACUCCUUGAUCCGGCUUUUUGAAUUAGAACGUGAGUGGCAGGGGGGUAUGGCGGCGCUUAAGGUGGAUAUCAGUCGUGCCUUUGACGAUGUUGACAGGGAUGUGUUGGUGGCAAAGUUGGCUCAGAAACUGGGUCCGGGACCAGAGCUCCAGUGCUGGAAAAGCCUCCUGGCCAACAACGCGGCCACCCUCUCUACGCCCUUUGGAGAGUCUACCAUCAACAUUGGGAAGGGAAUCAAGCAGGGUGGGAUCGAAAGUCCAGCCUUCUUCUCGAUGCUCAUGGAACUUGCAGUCCGAGAUGCUGAAGUUGAGUAUGACUGGAUGCAGAGGCAGCGCCUCUACCCCGACCUCUCCUGCCCCGAUGCUGCCCUCUUCAUGGAUGAUGGUGUGUUGUGGACCCUGGGUACUAAGGCGUUGCAGCAGCGUGUGUCUGAACUGUCCAGGGUACUUCUGAGGUACGGCUUGAAGGUGAAUCUCGCGAAGUGUCAGUUAUACUGCGCCCCGUGCUGCCCUGGACCGCCGCUCCUUCGAGUUGAGGGUCAAGUUCUACACGCGAGCGACCACCUCUGUGAUGGGUGCCGCGCGAAGUUCUGGGAGAUCCGGCAUAUCCUACGGGCUCAGGGAGGUACUGGCAAUUUGCUGGGCAUCGUGCAAGGGCUGCAGACCGUCCGCAUCCAUGACUUUCACACGGUCAUGUUACUUCAUAUGGUGGUACCUGGGGAUUGGGCCUGCCGGCGACUGGCGUGGUGGGAGAACCAGUCCUUCCUGGUAAUGGACCGGCGCAAGAACCUCAAGGUCGGCCUCAUUGACUCUGCUGUUGGCGACUCUGAGGUAUCGUCUUUCAUGCAGCAGGCCUACACAAGUGUGCAGCCCUUGCGCUACGGGAUCUGCUCCGCUCUGCCACUUCGGAAUGCCUGCAAUGGGCUCAAGGGGUCUUUACGGAUCUACACGGCGGAGACAGGGGAUCGGGAUGAGGUGCAGCAUGGAACUGUGGAUGAUGAUGAAGAAGAUGCUUUGUCGGUCUUCUCGGUCAAACUGAUGCUGUUUACUCCUACUCUGGCAGCUGGCUUCGAUGAACCCUUUGGUGGAGGGCCUGUGCCUCAAUGGUGGUGGGACAUGAUUGAUGACGUCAGAGGGCUGAUGGACAGAGGGAGGGAUGGAAAGGACCUCUCACGUCGCUUACACCACCGGCUACGCAUGGAUGACGACAACCGCUUCAUUGAAGACACCCUGCUGUAUGUCAACGGGUUGAGCCGGGCGCUGCACAUCCACCAGCCUAUACCACUGGACCCAGCUCAGGCAUUGCCUGUGCCUCAUGACGAAGAGUGCGAGGACAUAGUGGAUGCCAUCAUCCGGAGGCUUAAGCGGAAGUGGUUGUGGGCUAUCUGCCCCAUUGCCAUGCAGAAUCAACGUGAGGAAGAAUGGUUCCUAAAUGCGGGUUAUGGUCAUGUGGAGCUCUCGGUCGCCCUCCGGGACGCAGAGGCAGAGGAAAGGAGGGGGCUGUCGCGUUCUCGCUCCCCACAUCGACGUGUUCGGGAACAAUGGUUGGCGGAAGAGGUGACUGAGAUGGAGGAGGAUGCGAACUUGGAGGCCGACACCUCUAGCCUGAUGGACGUCAGGGGUGGACGAGGAAGGGAUGGCAGAUCCAGAUCUAUGGGCUGUGGGGGAGGCAUGCUGGUCCACGUCGCCACAGGGAUGGGCCUGCCAACCGCCGUCGGGUCCUGGAACGGCGACCAGUACACAUCCGGCCUGCCCCAUCGGACGCACAUGGUGGAGGAAGGUGGAGGGAUCCAAAUCGGAAUCCACGUUUGCGGGAAUCUGCUCGGUCGACCCCUCGGAUCAGAUAUCCUGGGUCCCAGUGCCAGCACCGGGCCCAGCAUUGAUGUCACCGACGCGAUGGAGUUUUGGCGGCGACACAUUCUGGUUCCCGAAGGCAGUGAUGGACUCCCUGUGUCCCAUGGUGGUCCUAUCAUUGAAAAUGCCAGGUACAGGCAUGUGCUGAUGUUGCUCAGGGACAGGUCUGAAGCCGACCGGGCCGUCCUCAGCAUCGGGGUUGUCAGUUUUAUCAGAGCCAUCAUGGUGGAGUUAGGCGAGCUUUGUCACGAAGCCUGCCUGCAGAUGGUGGACCUCGCUGAACGUGAACCUGAACCAGAGGCGGACACGGUCGAGGUGCCGGUCGAGGAGGAUGAAGCCGGCUUUAUGCAGACGACACUGGAUGGCAUCAAACGGGACUCCAUCCACGAGAAGUGGCAACGGCUCCUGACGCGCCUGCAGAGCGAGCUGGCUGGGCAAGAAGAAGUGACGCGAGGGCAUCAUGUAAACUGUCUUUUGGGGCAUGUUCGACGCCUGGGGCCUAUGCCAGAGGAUGGACCUGCUGCUCAGCUCCAGGCUCUUUUACUGGCCAUGGCUGAGCCCCAUGUGGCUGCGGGGAGUUCGGGGAACGAUGGCUGUGACUGUUGGACAUCAGUUUGGAUCAGUUCGUUGGCCUCUCAUGUACCGGGGCUGCGGAUGGAGCCGGAGAACAUCCUCAAUGACUCCCUCGAUGAAAGGGCCCUCUUGGCGGCCGCUGAAGAAGCUGAAGGGCAACUGCGGGGGCACACGGAGGAGACGAGGCUGGACUCGGAUGCCACAGCCGAGUACUACUUCAUGAAGGCACAGGAGCAGGCGGUCCUCCAACACCAGGCGUCUAACUACCGUGACUGGGAACAAUGGGAAAUGGACAGAGCUCUUGCCAGGCACGUCGAGUCCGAGCAGCGAGCCCGUCAGAUUGUGGUUCAGGUCUCUGCAAAGGUGACUACGUCUGGGAGUUCGACAGGGCCUGGCCUGGGCCGGGAAUGGCGUAUGGAGGUCCCUUCUUCCGGGAGCCUGGACCUGGCAAUCCGAGUGACUACGGAAAGUAUGACCGACCCGGAUGAAGUCGCUACGCAACUUACGCCGGACACCAAACGCCGUUGUCGUGACCUACAGGUUCGCGCACGUCAAGAGGCUGACGCUGAACCGCAACUGGAUUACGGACAGUAUGCGCAGCUGUACGAAAGAUGGUUGGGCGGACUUCUCAACGACAAGCAGGUGGUGAACUUAUACGGGAAGGCGCUCCUGGGCUACUUUGAAGCCCAAUUCGCCACGACUGAAGGGGUGCCUGCCAGACCUCUACCAGUGUCUCAAGACGACUCUCCCGACGAUGAGCUUAUGCUGGGUCCCCUUGGAUAUGGUGAAUAUGAACGUGCAUACGGGCUCUGGAAAGAUGGGUGGCUCAAGGAGACACAGAUCAUGAACAAGCAUGGCCUCGCGGUCCUCAACAUCAUGACCGCCCAGAGGGUUAAUGGCGAGCUUCCACCUACACGUCCGGGGCCAGAUGGAGGGAUGGUCAUCGACAUUCCACUGCAGGGUGUUCCUCCACACGAGCCUCCGCCAGUCCAGGGAUGGGGUCAUCUACAAGCUGCCGAAGGGGUUAUGGAACUCAGUGAGUCGGGCCACUCGGUGGAGGUGGUUGCUACGGGGCUUGUGGCUGACCCUCCAGCGACGCAGUUGUCUACAGGUUUGGACGACGAUUCUGGGGACACGUCCAGUGGGGUUGUGCCGCCUCGUGAUCUCUAUGCAGAAGUACAUGAACGCGCCGGGGCUUCGGCCGAGGUGGUGGCGGAGUUGCGGCGGAGGGUCGAAGAGCUCGAAGGCCAGCUGAUGCAAGCUCGUCCCAUGGCGCAGCCGAUCACCCAGUUUUCUUUCAGCGACGAGGGUGUGAAGUGCAAGGCGGGUCUGCUCCGUUGUCAACACGACUACUACUUGUACGACGACGCCGGUGAGGACUACGACUACGACUUCCACUGCGACUACCUAGCACUAGUAUACUCUGCACUAACCACCUCCAUCGCGACAACGAGGAGAACUUUGACUACCACCUGA